CACGAGGGAGGGGUGCAGGUUCAUCGUUAGCCGCCUCUACUAUAGCAGUACGCGUGGUCAAGUCUAGCUCAUGAAAGCACUCGCCGGAGCUCUUACAGCCCCGAGUACGCCCCACUCCAUGAGCGUCCAUGAGCGAGCAGAAUUCCAAUCCAAUCCAAUCAUCUGAUCCGAUCAAAGGAUGACAGGUCGUCCGUGUACGGACUUUUUGUUUUCGCAUCCAAAUUACUCUCAAAUCGCCCCAGCUAUUCUAGCCGUCAAAAGACUUCAUGCUAUGGUGGGGGUAUUUUACCCAGUCGCCUCCUCAUCUCUGUAGGGCCGCUGGCUCGCUCUUGGUAUUUUAUUUGCGUUUGCCGCGGUGGCGGUGUUGGUAUGGGUACCCAGUUGCAGACGCGACUCCUGAAGCACCGGGCGGGCAGCAAGAGAAGACGCCUGCCAGCAGACUUCUGCCGGGGGACAUUGGGGAAAAACGGCGGAAACAGGCAGCGGGCCGGGCGGCUUUUUGCCUUCCUGCUGGGCUUUUUGCGGCGUUCGUCUGCUGGUGGCCGGCAGUCGCGGAUGACUUCCGGAGAACUUUCGCUGGGGCAGGGGUUUGUGCGAUGGAGGCCAACCGCAAAAAUGCAGCAUAGCAUGCGGCGUAGGGUAAAAAACCGGAGCCAAUUUGCCUCGCGUUUUGGCCUCCUUUUCGCCACCCAGCGAAAGUCUUGCGAAAGUUCUCCGGGCUCGUUUUUUGUCUGGUUUGUCAAAGGCCCUGGGCUUCUGUUUUGGCCCCAUCGUGCCGUCGUGCCUAAAAUCGCGCCCUGCGGAUUCUGGACGUUGCUGAACACGGCUUGUGCCAGCAUCGGGGAAAAAAUCGCGCCCAGCGGAUUCUGGACAUUUCAGCGUGGCGCGCCGUUUUUGCCGUGGCCGCGCCCGUAUCGCCUCGCGCCGUUUGUCCGGGUAGAUUAGUGCAAUCCUUGGCGCCGCUUCCUUUGCCCAGCAGGGGGCCUCGAAAGCCGGCGGCCUCUGCCGCGGUGGCCUGCGGGGCCGAUGGCCUGGAGGCCUAGCUGGGAUGGCUUGCGCCACCAUUUCGCGGCGGCCUGCUUGUUCGCGCGCCAGCCCGGCAGCCUGCCAACGAACCAGCGCCCGGCCGCCACCAGAGUGCCCCGCGAGCCGAAGAAGAUCGACAAGUAGGGCAUUGCGCCGGCACCAGGCCUGCCGGAUGCAUGGCGCUGGGCACCCACUAGCCCGUAGCGGGUGGCGCCCUGUCUAUUUGCAGGGCGCAUUUGCAGGGCCGGCGACUGCUGCCAGCGGCCGCCACGAAGUGUUCGCAGACGGGCCGGCCCUUUGCAGUGCGGGGAGCGGGGGCGGCGGCCCAAAAAACAAUCGCAGUGGGCCGCGGAGUCCUGAUUUUUCGGCGCGGCCACGGUCUGGAAGCAGUGGGGGCGCCUCUGCUACAGGACUCGCUCGUGCCUGCUCUGUUGGGCCGGGCGUCUCGUGCUCGUUUGGGUGUGGUUGGCGUCCGUCCAGCCGGCCAUCUGAUCCGAUCAAAGGACGACCGUGUACGGACUUUUUGUUUUCGCAUCCAAAAGUACCUACUCAACUUACACCAUUUCCAAGAAUUGACUGCGCAUUGAGCUAUUU